AUAUCUUCCACUCAAAGCAACACAUCAAAGCCAUGGACUGGUUUUCAUGGUUAUCAAAAACACACCUUGAACCUCCAUACAUUAACGAAUAUGCAAAAACCUUCUCCAAUAACCAACUCGAAGAAGAGGACAUUUCAUAUUUCAACCAUGAAUUCCUUCAAAGUAUGGGAAUUUCCAUAGCCAAACAUAGGCUAGAGAUCCUUAAACUCUCUAAAAAGUCAUCAUCCACUUCACACCCAAUGGCUAAACUAAUGCUAGUUUUCAAGAAAACCAAGAGAACAUUGGCUAACUUGGUUCGAACAUGGGUGCACCGCAAUGAUUCGGCUAUGGUUAUGGUCAAAAGAAGGACUUACAGCUCAAGAUGGAAAGGUGCCAUGGUUAAGAGAAGUAAUAGGUUGGUUAUGAACAAACAAUGGUCCGGAACUCUUUUGCUAACUAAUGGAUAUCGGCCCGUUGUUAAAUCUAAUAAUGGUGGUGCUAAAGUUAAUAGCUUUUCGAGCCCUUUGGUUUACGAUAUCCAACAUGAUGAAAAGAAGGAAAAUGGUAAUGAGUAUAAAGAAGAAGAUUUAUAUAGUGAUUAUGAAGAUGGUAAUGAUGGUGAUGAAUAUUGGUCUACUAAUAAAGGCGGUGAAGACAUCAAAUGGGAUGCCAUGUUUCAAAACUUGAAGCCUACUUAGCUUUUUGGUUUAAUCUCUUAAUUACGAGUAUCUUACAUAUUGAUUUUGAUCUUUAUCAAAAGUUUUAUAUUACUAUCAUAUGCAACUUUGCUUUCGAGUGAAAUUGUAGGAGAAGCAACAUCAAAAGUUAUCUUCUUUAACAUGUUUUGACCCUUUUAGAAUAUGGGUUAGAGCCAGAGGCCGUGUUCUUUAAGUUUUCUGAGUUAAAGUCGAAAACACUUAAAAGCCGAACCACAACGGAUUUGAGUUUGGGUUCUGGUUUUUGGUUUGGUUUAACAUAGUAAUAAAUUAUAGGUUAUGUUUUA